AUGGCCGUCCUCACAGUCGGCAACCUUGUGUUGCUAUCCGUCGCCUAUGUCGCGUGGAAGGUUCUCUACCAGAUCGUCUACUACCGCUUCUAUCACCCAUUAGCCAAGUUUCCUGGCCCGUUCUGGGGCUCUGUCACUCGACUAUGGAUCACCUAUCAUAACGUCAAGGAGGACGAGUGCCAGGUCAACCGGGAACUCCACCGCAAAUAUGGCCCUGUUAUCCGCAUUACGCCGACUAUGCUUCUUGUCAGUGACGCUACUAAGCUGCCUGAAGUAUACUCCCGAAAUGCGAAUAAAUCUAAGCAUUAUAUCACUGGUAGUUUCGGUAAAACUGAGUCGCUCUUCAAUAUGCAGGAUGCGCGCACACACGCGCGCUUCCGCAAGAUUGCCGCGGCGCCUUACUCAUUCAGUAAUAUCCGUAAGAUGGAGCCCCUCUUUGACGUGAACAUUGAGCGCUGGAUCGCCCAGCUGGACGAGCGCUUCGCCAGCCGCAAUGCCCCUUUGGAUUUCGCUCCCUGGGCCGUCUACAUGGCCUACGACAUCAUCUCCGAGGUCGGCUUCGGCCAGCCCUUCGGCUUCAUUGAGCAGGGCAAGGACGUCGAAGGCCUGAUUCAAGGUUUCCACGACGGCUUGGUGCCCUUCGGUAUCAUGGCCCGCCUGUACCCCUUCACCAACUGGGUCAAGAGCACGUGGUUCGGCGAGAAGUACCUGGUCGCAUCUCCCGAGCAAAACUCAGGCAUCGGCACCCUCAUGCGCUUCCGCGACAGGCUUAUCUCUCAGCGAUACAAGGAUAUUGAAAAUGGAACAACUGACGGCCGCAUUGACCUGCUGCAAACAUUCAUCGAGGCCCGUGACGAAAAGGGCGAGCCACUGGACCUCGACUACAUCAAGGCAGAGAUCCUCCUAGUACUGCUCGCCGGCGCCGAUACUACCGGUACCGCCUUCCAGGCCAUCAUGCUUUAUAUCAUGUCGAACCCGGAGGUCUAUGCUAAGAUGAUGGCUGAGUUGAAUGCCGCUGACCGUGCCGGCCACUUGUCGACAGUGCCUUCGUACGAGGAGGUACAGCAAUACUGCCCGUACUAUGUCGCGUGCGUCCGUGAGGCGAUGCGCCUCAACCCGUCAGCGCCUAACAUCUUCCCUCGCCUCGCUCCUCAGGGCGGCAUCGAACUAAACGGCAAAUUCGUUCCUGAGGGUACUGAACUCACGUGUAACCCCUGGCUGGUACACCGCGACGAGGCUAUUUAUGGGCCCGAUGCGGACGAGUUCCGCCCGGAGCGUUGGCUUGAGAGCGAGGAGCGUACCAAGGAGUUGCUCAAGUAUAACAUGGCUUUUGGCUACGGUGCUCGCGAGUGCCUGGGCCGCUACAUCGCUUGGAUGGAGUUGUACAAGGGACCGUUGCAGUUCUUCCGCAAGUUUAAGCCCGAGAUGGGCAAUAAGGAGCAACCCGCGCGCUACCUCGUCAAGGGUGGCGUGAGCUACUUUGAGGACAUGUGGAUGACGAUUGAACGUCGGCCACAGCAACCGCGUGUGUGA